CCCACCCACAUCACUAACGAAACGAAGCAUUGCAACCGCGUGCACUUGCUCAGGAGGGCGUCCCGCUGCUUUGCUGCUGCUGUUCUAUCGCGCGUGCGGCGCGCGUUCUUUCUUCGCUCGCGGACUGUUUUUCAGCACGGAGGAAGAGGAGGAGGAGGAGGAGGAGAAGACGAGGAGGAGGAGGCGGGCUCAGCCGAGCCGCCUGCCUGCCUGCCUGCCUUUCCCUCCGCCCUUCUGCCGCGAGGCGUGGCUGAGUCUUCCCUUUCGCCAUGAUGAACAAAUGACCUCGCGGGGAAUGAAAUUUAAAUUCCGCAAAGGCGAGAGAGUUCUCUGCUUCGAGCCGGAUCCGACCAAGGCGAAGGUGCUCUAUGAUGCCAAGAUUGUUGACAUUGUUAUUGGAAAGGAUGAGAAAGGAAGAAAGAUUCCAGAAUAUCUGAUCCAUUUUAAUGGUUGGAACCGAAGUUGGGACAGAUGGGCAGCUGAAGAUCAUGUUCUUCGUGACUCUGAUGAAAACCGCAGAUUACAACGUAGAUUGGCAAGGAAAGCUGUGGCUCGCAUGAGAAGAAAAGGAAAGAAAGGGCGUUGCAGACUGCCUGGUGUUGAUUCUGUAUUGAAGAUCCUUCCUGCUGAAGAGAAUGAUAAAAGCAGUGAAAAAUCUAUAAGUAGUUCUUCUUCUGAUGACAGUGAUGAAGGCACAGAUGAAGAAAUAAAGAGUGAAGAAAGUGAUGUGGAUGAAAAAAUAGAAAUGAAAGAAGAGCAAGAGACUCAUACUAAACGGGACAUGGAAGAGAGAGCAAUAAACAUUGAAAUUCCUGAAAUCUUGAAAAAAAAGCUUGAAGAAGAUUGUUACUAUAUUAAUAGGAGAAAACGGCUGGUGAAACUGCCAUGUCAGACAAAUAUAAUAACCAUCUUGGAAUCGUACGUGAAGCAUUUUGCCAUCAAUGCAGCUUUUUCAGCCAAUGAAAGAUCACGGCACCAUCAAAUGUCUUCACACACCAACUUGAAUCUGCACUAUAUCCCACCAGAAAAGAAUGUUGAACUGUGUAAAGAAAUGGUGGAUGGGCUAAGAAUAACAUUCGACUUUACUCUUCCUCUGAUUCUGCUGUAUCCCUAUGAGCAAGCACAGUUUAAGAAGGUGACUUCCUCCAAAUUUUUUCUUCCAAUCAAAGAGAGUGUAGCAAACACUAACAGAAAUCAAGAAGAGCUUUCCCCAAGCCCACCACUUCUGAACCCAUCGACUCCCCAGUCCACAGACAGUCAGCCUGUGACGGGAGAGUCAGCAACACCAAAACGCCGAAAAACUGAACCUGAAAUACUGCAGUCCCUAAGACGCUCCACACGUCACACAUCCAACUGUGACAGAUUGUCGGAAAGCAGUUCUUCGCCACAACCAAAACGACGGAACAUUGAAGCUCCUACUUCAAUGCCAAAAUUGUUUUUGCACCUUGAAAAGAAAACUCCUGUCCACAGUGGGUCAUCGUCACCCAUCACGUUGACUCCUAGCAAAGAGGGUGGGGCAGUAUUUGCUGGUUUUGAAGGCAGAAGAAACAAUGAAUUAAACGAGGUGUUGUCAUGGAAACUUAUGCCAGAGAGCUAUCCCCCAGGUGAUCAGCCACCACCGCCUUCUUACAUUUAUGGAUCUCAGCAUUUGCUACGCAUGUUUGUAAAGCUUCCAGAGAUACUUGGGAAGAUGAGCUUUCCUGACAAAAACCUAAAGGCAUUAGUAAAGCACUUUGAGUUGUUCCUAAGGUUUUUGGCAGAAUACCAUGACGACUUCUUCCCAGAAUCAUCUUACGUUGCUGCCUGUGAGGCCUACUAUAGUACAAAAAAUCCACGAGCCAUCUACUGAAGCAAUCCAUAUUGACAUAACCAACUGUACAUACUCCAUGGCUACUACUUUACUUCACUACUUCAAGAGAAAAAUCAAAAUACAUUGUUGUAAUAUUACAAAGGGAGUUCCUCUAAGUCAUUCUAUUGACAUAAGAGAAUCACAUUUCAUUUCAGAGGUGUGCUGACAUUGCAUUCUAGCACUAGAUAACCUUCACUUCUAGAUAAAAGAAGCUCUGCAUUGACUGCUGAUGCAUAGAACUGCAUACCAAUACAGCGAGGAAAAGGAAUAGAUGCAUUAGAACAGACUUCACGAGAACUAACCAUGCUUGCUUCACCUUGAAUUCCCGGAACACCACUUCCACUUAAGGCGAAUCUAGGAGUGAAUAUUGUACAAGUUUUUCUCAUUUGGAAUUUAUAACUCAUUACAUGAAUCUAUUUUGACAUAAAUCAAUAUUUAUAGAAGAAAGAAUAAGCAAGUGUUGUGUUAGCAUGAUCUCAGCUUCAAGAUUUCUGUGGUUGGGGGAGGAGGAACCCAGGAUUGCUUUGAAAGGAUGCAUUUACAUUUUCCCACGGUAGGUGUGUUGGCAAUGCCUGAAUAGCUUGGAUUUGGAUUAAUACACCCCAUACGUGAUUUGAAUUGCUUUGGUGAUUUAUUUAUUUUUGUCAGCAAUUGUUAAGAACAGGGUGUACUUGUUCUCGGGAAUGAAGAA